AUGUCUUCUGAGCUACGGUACACGGCGAACACUCAACUUGAGCAUUUGCAUGCUCGUUACACUGGCACAGGCCAUGCCGAUUUAACGAAAUAUGAGUGGCUUACCCACCAGCACAGGGACACGCUGUCGUCUAUCGUCGGGCACCCCACUUUGACUUCUUAUUUGGCCAUUGCUGACGGAGAGGCAGUUGGACGAGUCAGGUUUGAGAUGACUGAGCGUAUGUUACAGCCGUGCGGCCCUCCCCCUCCCAAAGACGAUUGA